AUGGGAUCCAACCAAGUUUCCGAGAUAGAACUGAUCGCCGACUCUAAGAUUCCGAAAGAGUCCCAUGAACUCAGCAUCGAAACUCCUUCAAAUAUAUCUAGUUUUCCUUUCGCUGAUUGGCUGUGGAACCCGGUCACGUGGUCAUGGUGGGAGAUACUCCAGACCGCAAUUGCGUCGUUAGGCGUGGUCGGAAAUUCCCUGGUCGUUGUAGUUUUGUUUCAAAGACGAACGACGAGGCGGCCCGCGGAUACACUCAUCGGCGCUCUUGCUGCGGCAGAUCUUUUGACGUCACUCUUCAUGUUUCCGCAUCCGACACCACAGAAUGUUCCAGUAACGUUCCUUGGGAAUUUCGUCUGUAAACUAGUCCAAUCGUCUGCUCUUCUUUGGGUAUCCUGCUCCGCUUCGAUAUUCACACUCACUGCGAUCGCAGUUGAGCGUUGUAUCGCCGUAGUGUUUCCGUUGCGUGCUAAGCGAUUAAUAACACGUCGUCGGGUUUUCAUCGUCGUGGGUAUAAUUUGGUGCUCUUCUUGUGUGUUUGUUGCUCCCGAAUUCGUGUUUCAUGUUGUUGAACCACGGUCACGCAAUUGCAUAUAUCGCUACCAAUCUACUAUAACACAGGAGAUCUAUGGCAUAUUUUUAAUCGUAAUAUUUUUCUUGCUACCGUCAUCUGUAAUGUUGGCCAUUCAUGUCCUAAUCGUAACAACUCUUCAUCGGCAGACUCGGCGCUUUGCAAGCAGUGUACGGAAUCACCGUUCGAGUCCUGCCUACAGAAUCGUUGUCGCGAAAAAGCGCGCAGUCAAACUCCUCUUCAUCAUUGUUGUAAUGUACAUCAUUUGUUGGGCACCGAAUACGUUCGCGUACUUGGCCGUUAGCAUGCAGUGGUUGGAUGCAAGCUUCAUCUACAGCCCUCCAUACGAAGCCCUGGUCGCUCUUGCUUUCUUGAACUCGUGCGUGAAUCCAGUGAUUUACAGCAUCCACUGUCCAGAGUUCAGGAAAGCCUUAAGAGAGAUUUUGACCAGGAAAACUACUUCGACCACCCGGGUACCUUUAUUUGGUCAAGACUUCAAUGGAAACUUGCAGAGAAGAGAGAGCAUUCGGACAAUUUAUUUGACCAAAAGACCUCGGUAA